ACCUAUCAUCUGAAGAUGACAAGUGCAAAGAGGAAACACGCUUCAGGAAGAAAAAAUGAGUGUGUGAUCAAGGAAUAUGAUCAAAACCUUGUUGGUGAACGAGUUGAAGUAUGGUGGCCUAAGGACCGUGAGUUUUACAAAGGUGUCAUCGAAUCUUUUGAUUCUGCCAAAAAGAAGCACAAGGUGCUUUAUGAUGAUGGUGAAGUAGAAGUGUUAAAUCUUGUCAGGGGAAAGUGGCACAUCAUUGAAGAUGAUUCAGUUGCAGACGAGGAAGAAGGAAGUGAUCAUGGCAGUCUUGAUGCUUCCACUGAAAUGCCUACAAGGAAGAAAGCAAAAUCAAAUUCUAAUACUUACAUUAUCUUUUAAGAUUAGUUUCCAUAGUUUUUAGUUAUUAUGAUGAUUUGUUUUCCAUUUAAUUAGGAUUUAGAGUCUUGCAUUAGUAGAAAUAAGGCUUAGCGUUUAGUCUUUUUGUAUCAAAUCAUAGUCAUCAAUCGUAUCAAACCAUAUUCAUAAUUCAAUCAUAUCUCUAUUUGUCUGAAUAUUGAGCCCAUUGUGAUGAUACUUGAUCAAGAGGUCAAAUUCUUUAAAUGAUGUGCCAACUCAUGGAUAGGUGAUAGGUGAUAUUGUGAUCGUAACUCAAUUAUUGUUUCUUUCUUAUUUAGGAUAUUUAGUUGUCUUACACUGACAUUCAUAAGUAUUUCCAAUUCUCACAUUUUCGGCGGGAAACGUUUUAUUUUCCCAUGCUUAAAUAUGAUGCUGGCAAUCAGGCUUGCUAAACAUAGUCAUUUGGAUAUUUCGUAUUUGUUACAUAACAGAAGGCUUCUUGAAAUAUGUAGCUAGCUCAUGCAGCAACAAUUGUUUCA